GGGCAAGAGCAACAAGUGACGCAGUGAUCGAUAUGGGAAAUAAAUAUUGAGGGAAUUUGCAAGAUAUCGUUCACAGGUUCAUAGCAGAAAAAAAAACACUUGUUUAGAAACAUGGGCAUUAUUCCAUCAAAGAGAAAAAAGAAAAGAGUGAAUCAAACCAUCAAGAGACCAACAGUUGAAACAAAUCAGGAGCCAGAAGGCUGGAAGAACAUGGGAUUCAAGAUAGUCAAGGAAAUGAUGGGACCGGAAUUAUUUGAAAAAAUGAUGGUAGAGGCAGACGAGCCUCCACCAGAAGCUGGGCCAUUCAGUGCGUCGCAGUUGGCCCUUUAUGUUAAAAAGUAUCAAGCCGGGUUCCUUCUCAAGACACUCUUGACACAACAAACAAGAGGUGUAGGAGCCACUGGAGUUGUAACAGUCCUCAACAACCCUCUCCUCCCUGCGCACGACUUUUUCUCUGCAGAAAGGGUGUUUCCAGCCCGCCUCCUCCACUGUAAUCUUAUCAAGGUAGACGAUGCCGAAUUAGACGUGAGACUAGCGGCUCUCAAGUUUGCCGAUAGUGACUUCGAAUCACCUUUUGAUCUGUUGUUACAUACUGGUGAGGAGGCUGCGUAUUGGAGCCUCUAUAGCUUAGACAAGAUGCUUAGUGCGUUGUAUGGUGAGACAGAAACAUUUGCGACAUAUUGUUUGGAGGACCCAUGGCACUUUUACUUAACCAUUGCUGCAUUUCGUCGAGCUCCUGAAUCAUUUACUGACCAGAGGUAUUACUCGUGGAUGGCGUUUGAAUACAAAGCGAGAGACGGUGUGCCUCGCUACGCCAAAUUUCGCCUCGUCCCUGCUGAUGAUAGAGAAGAAACUGGACUUAUGACAGAAGAAGAGCAAAGAAAACCUUGGGAAACAUUUCGAUGGGAGGGUGAUAGGAGACCUAAGUCCUAUUUAACUGCUGAUUUUGAAGAGCGUAUGUCAGAAGGUGGCGUUCAAUACAAACUUCAAAUACAACUACAUGAAAAACAACCCGACGACUCACAUCUUGUGCUUCACGCGGCUCGAGUCUGGGACCAAGCAACUCACCCUUGGCUAGACCUCGCCGAAGUCAGGUUGACGUCACUUUUACCAGAGGAUGUAACAAAGGGAACCCGUUGUUCAUUAGAAAAUAUACCGUGUGGGUCUUUGUCACUCCCUUCUGCCAAGACCAUCUACGACUAUAAUUCCAUGGCGUAUUUAAAGUCGAAACUUCAAUCACGACCUAAAAAGCAGAGCUUUUCUUUAAGGAAGACUUCUAAAUCAGAGGGAGAUAUGUCCAUCUACUGCAUUUCUGUGUUCACGGGAGACCGAAAACAUGCUGGUACCAACGCCGAUGUAACCCUUACAAUCACAGGCAGUAGAGGUAGAACAAGACCUCUUUUGAUGGACAAAUGGCUCCAUGACGACUUUAAGGCUGGACAAGACGAUACGUAUAUCUUGGCAGCUGAAGAUGUCGGAGAUUUGUUGAUGAUUAAGUUACACAAUGAUCAGGGUGGUUUGUAUAGUGACUGGUUCGUGGAGAAAAUCAUGAUUACCUGCAGCCAAAAUCCUCAAAAGCUUUAUGAAUUUCCUUGCUUUCGAUGGGUGCAGAGUGAAUCCAUCUUCUUUACAGGAAAAGCCCUUCUAGUCACAGAUGAGCAGCACGAAGUGAUACGAAGCCAAAGGCGACUCGAAAUUCAACAGAGGCAAGAACUGUUUCAAUGGGGAGAAGAUCCUUUGAACCACGGUUUACCAGGAUAUGUCAAGUCUGAGCACUGGAAAAAGCUCCCCAAAGAUGUCCAAUUUACAGAGGAAGCUGUGGAUGACCUUCAUACCGCCAGAAAUAAAGCACUAGUAAAUCUUGGUUUAAUAAAGUUAUUGAAUAUCUUCGAUUCUUGGGAAGACUUCGAUGAUUACCGUAAGGCGUUUGUUUCUUUCGUUGGUGAUGUUCCAAUGGCUGCCGACCACUGGCAGGAUGACUGCUUCUACGGGGCACAGUUCCUGAAUGGCUGUAACCCUGAAACGAUCAAGCGAUGUACGGAACUACCUUACAACUUUCCCGUGACACAGCAAUUGGUUGGAAACCUUCUUGAUGUUGAUGACACUCUGGAGAAAGCAAUGAAGGACGGGCGUGUUUAUAUGGUCGACUUCAGCAUUCUUGAUGGCAUCCUAUCUUAUGGAUUCUUAGAUGAAAACUUAGAGACGCGCUAUACGUGUGCGGCGAUGGGUUUGUUCUAUGUCAAGGGCACUGGAGAUAUGGUUCCCAUCGCAAUUCAGCUUCACCAGGGACCUGACGUGACCAACCCAUUAUGGACCCCUAAUGACUCUGAAUUGGACUGGACCUACGCCAAGAUGUGGCUGCGUAAUGCUGACAUGCAGUGGCAUCAAACGAUUGCGCAUCUUCUUCGCACUCAUUUCUUCAUGGAGCCACUCGCUCUCGCCAGCUGGAGACAACUUCCCUCUCUUCACCCACUGUGGAAACUAUUGGUCCCUCAUUUGAAGGGAGUUAUGGCCAUCAAUACCCUUGGGAGAGCAAGGCUCAUUGCAGCUGGAGGUGUAGUGGAUCAAACUCUUAGUAUAGGAGGUGGAGGUCAUAUUGAUCUCAUGAAAAAGUACUACAAGAACAUGAAGUGGUCGUCGUAUGACCUGCCAAAUGUCUUAAAGGAGAGAGGAGUGGACGAUCCAGACAAACUACCUGGGUUCCACUAUCGUGAUGAUGCCUUGCGACUAUGGCAGGCCAUCAAGAAUUUCGUCACAAGGAUUGUAUCCAUCUAUUACCCAUUAGAUGAGGUUAUUCAAAAGGAUACAGAACUCCAGGCGUGGAUCCUCGACAUUCAUGACAAUGGCUACACAGUCCGCGAAGGAGAGACGGACCAUGGCUUCCCAUCGUCUAUUGCAAGCGCUGAGCAGCUGGCUCACAUACUAACUAUUGUUAUCUUUACUUGCUCUUGUCAACAUGCAGCUGUAAACUUCUCGCAGAUGGACGUGCUCGGUUUCCCGCCAAAUUCGCCAGGCCUCAUGAGACAGCCGCCUCCAAAGGAAAAAGGCACAGUGACCAUGAAAGACAUAAUGAAGACUCUUCCCACCAAGCACCAGGCAGGAGUUGCUAUAGCGACGGUGAACGAUCUGACUCGAAUUUCUCCCGAUGAGCGUUUCCUUGGUGAUUACCCUGAUAGCUCCUUCACUGACAUGGCUGCCAGAGAGGCCAUCUUGCGCUUCCAAGGAAAACUUCAGAGAAUUUCGGCGUCAAUAAAGAAAAGGAAUGAGAAGUUAAAGUUUCCUUAUACCUAUUUGCUUCCGGAGAAAAUACCAAACAGCAUCGCUAUCUAGAGAAGCAUGCUAUAAUUCUUACAUACCAACUUGUUUAGCUACUUGAUAAGAAUACACAUGGCUGCGUUACGUUUCACAGCCAAGAAAAUGUUCGAAAGUGAAUGUUUUCAAGAGUCGAGAACAUCUUAACGGGCCGUGUUCAAUUUACAUGGUAAAACAAGUUUUCAUCAAUAUUCGCAUUGAAAUAGUUUUUCUCUACAGUAAUUUAUUUAUUUAUUCAUCUAGGUGAGCCCUAUACGUGGUAAUUCUUUAGUGUGUUCUUCUUCGUGCUGAAUCUUAAAGUUUAAUUUAGAUGAACCUCAUAUUUUCUUUAUAAAGGAGUACGGCUUGUUUUGAAAUAUCUAAAGAAAUGUAAAUAUAACUCGACAUAUACUAAAAAUUUAUUACUAGGCAGAAGUAUAUACAUGUGAUAAUUAUAGUGUAACGGAGGCAAAUGGAAAAUGUCUCUGUAUCUUUUGAGAAGACUGGACGUUUCCUAUUUUUCUGGUUAAACCCAGUUACACGUACAAAUGCUACCCCAAAUAGUAUGCUGAGAAGAUUAAAUCGGUUGUCCAAAAUAUUUCCAAGUGGCUAUGGUUACUGCGUACAAGCAAAACAGGCUUGAGAGGACGAAAAGCGAAGAACUGCCGUUAAAAA